AUGUCCGUGGGACUCUGGCAGACCCCUCUGCCGCCCUCGGUCGCGCGCUCCCGCCUCAUCUCGAACAUUGCCGCGAUCGUCCUGUCCAUCUUUUGCCGCACGUUGUUCUCGCCGUACCUCGCCCUCCGCUCCGUCGUCGUCUCAUUGUUGGACAAGCUCGGUCUGCCCGGCAGCUCCAUCGUUUGGUGGAUCGACCCGCUCGUAUCCCCCGACACCCGACUUCAACGAGACCUCGACGAUGCCGCUGGCUCAGAGCCCGCUGAGCGCCUCGGUGCGAGCGCCGGCGAAGUCGCCCUCGACGCCGCCGGCCUCUUCUACGACCCGGACAGCACUGCGUCCCCCGCAAAGGUCGCGCUUUCCCUCAGCCAGAGGGGCCAGUCCACGCCGACGCAGAAGCCGGCCCAGCCGCAGCCGACCGAGAAGAAGGACGGCUUCGUCCUCGUCGAUCGCGAGGAGAGGGAGUGGGUUGACAAUGUCUGGAAGGGCGUGCGCGGCAAGGCUGGAAGGUUGGGCCUGUGA